AUAACUAAAACCGCCUUAUAUUAGAGGACAGAGGAAGUAUAAACGACGGCAGUAUACUGGAAUAGAGUUAUACAGGCGAAAAACACCCAAUGAAAGCCCACACUAGAAACAACCUAAGUUGCAUUUAAAAUUUAGGGCGUGUUUGUUUGAUGCCUGUCAGAUAGCUUUCCAUCUAGUCAAGAAUCUGAACCUAGGCCAUCAAAAUCCUACGUCUGAGAAUCAUUGCGCAGGUUUUCAGUCUUUGAAGCAAACAACCCCUUGCUGUUUUUGUCUAAAUUAGGGUAAUUUUAGACGAUGCAGGUACUUCUACGUAUCAGCAUGCAUUUAUGCAAAAAGCGGGCAAUAAUUUUUUAAUAAAUGGGAGACUAAUAAUAGUGUCCUGUACCUACUCCCUCCAGCAUUGCUUCUUACACAACAAAAAGGAAAAUGACAACGAAAUAUUGUGCUCAUGCAAGAUCUUCGGAUGGGAAUGUGUGGGUGACAGUAUCCCAGUUAAACCAACCAUUCCAUAUUUGCAUGUAGCUUCCUUUCACACAUUCCAUUUUGUGGAUCUGAUCUUCUCUUGUUCCAAACUUUUGCUUCUGCGUUGCAUCUUCUGUGUCACUGAAAAUUUCAAAACAAAGAGAAGGCUUGAAAACUGAGCCGAUCGAGUAUUGUGGGGGCUCAAGAGAUUGAUUGAUCUGGGGGAAAGGAAAAAAGAUAAAGAAAUACUUGGCUAUCGCUGGCCAUGUAAAUUGAAUGCUUCUUCCAAAAUGUGGAACAGUCAGCGAAGAUAGAUCACAAAAAAAUUCUCUUGACACCAAACAAUGGCCCAUCAGCAAGAAGACCAAAAUCAUGGACAAGUGAGCACCAGUCCUUCUGUUACCCCUGCCGCCGAUAACGGAACACCAGCAGAUAAGCUUGAGAAGAAGAAAUCGAGCUCCUCGUCUUCCAAGUCAUCAGAAAACUUAGACGAGGAUGAUUUCUUUCAGAUAGAGGGUCCAAUACUAGGCAGCACAUUAUCAUUUGCUGAUAAUGCAGCAAUCUCAGAUAUUAGAAAACAGAGCAGUUCGUCUUCGCAUCAUGCCCCCACUGACCCAAAGCAGUCACCACCAGUCCAGGCCAUGUCUAGGGCACCGGAUGAGUGUCCAGACCCCAAAAGGAUCCCGUCAUCUGUUUUCCGGAGGUCAAAAUCGAAAUCACCAACAGACUGGAGUGUGACAUCAAAUGAAUCUCUCUUUAGCAUCAAUGUUGGGAAUGCGAGCUUCUCGAAGGAUCAUUUCUUCUUGUAUGGCAAAUCAGGUGAACUAGGCAACCCUAAUGACCCAUUGGCGCCACUGCCGCCGUUGCCAAGGCUGAGCACUAGCUCUAGCCCAAUGAAAAGUGAGGUGGCAACUGUACAGGACGGUGCUAAAGUGAAGCCUGCUACCAGGGUUGGGGGCGAUGGUGAUGACAAUAAUGAGUAUAACAACAGCUUGUCACACCGGUCUGAUGCUAGCACAACAAGCUUCGCGUUCCCAAUAUUGGCAGGUGAAGUGAGGUCUAGUGAAUCCCUGAAAGGCGAUGCUCCUGAGCUUGCCCGGCAAAGCACAUCGCAGCUAUCACAGCAGGCAGAGCCUCUUGUUGAGCAGGAAGCACCGAAAGUUGAAGACAAGGCACUGGAAGCUGAGCAAGCCCCGGCCCUGGCCACAGCACCAGAACAAACACCGGCACCAGCACCAGAAUCAACACCACAACCACCAGCCGCGACAAAAUGGUUUCCUUGCUGUUCUUGUUGUUGCUGAGGAUGCAGUUCCCUCUCCAUGGGAUUUGUUGAGUUUCUGAAGUGGCAGAAGGCUGGAUGCAGCAACAGGCUAAAGUCAACCAUCUAUGGGAGACUUUCUAGUAACUGGGUUGGUUCUGAUCAGCAAACUAUGUUAAUGGAAACAACGGUCAACCAAAUUACUUGCUCUGAGUUGUGUAGAUUACAACAAUAGUAUAUGUAUACACUAGUAAUCUUAUUUUGUAAAAAUGUGACAGUAGCUACUAGCAAGACAGAAUAUGGUGCUUUACACUUUA